CUGGCGAAGAUGGCGGCGCUGUGGGGACGGUCGCUGAGCUGUGGAGGGUGGUUUCCACCCCAUCAGAUUGUACGUCAUGGAUCCAAGGCUGUCACUCGGCACCGCAAGCCCAUGCAUUUUCUACGUCAGAAGCUGCUGGCUGUCACAGAAUAUAUCCCUCCAAAACCUGCCAUCCCAGAAAGAUGCAUCAAAGCUCCUAAGAAGGAGGUGCAAGAGCCAUUCGGUUUUGAAAAACUCCUCCGGCGCGAGGUGGAAGUAACAUUCAAUGAGAAUAAAAUGAUUACAGUUUUCCAGAACAACUCCAUCAAAUCAGAGGACCUGAAACUUCUUCGCCAUAGAUUACUGAAGCAUGAUAUUCGCAUGAAAUUCUUCCCUAACCAGAUUCUGCGUUCGUAUCUAGGAAAUACCAAGUACAGGAACCUGCUGCCUCUGUUUAUUGGUCACAAUAUCAUUAUCGUGAGUAAGGAGCCUAAAGCAAAAGAGCUUCUGCAGACUGUACGCAAUACAACUCAGAUCAGUUUACUGGGUGCUUGUAUUGAAGACGUACUCUUCAGCAGACAGGGAGUGGUGAACUAUUCCAGACUCCCAGGAAUGCAGGUCGUCCGUGGGGAGAUUGUCAGCGGCCUGACGCUUAUGACGUCUCAGACCUGCCAGCUUCUACAGUCUGGCCCUGUGCACCUUGCCGCUUUGUUGGAGCAGUACUUGAAGCAGCAGAGUGAAGCUGCCACUGGACUAAAAGGGCCUGAGAGUCUAGAGCAGAAGGAAAUACAAGGGAGUCCAGCAUCUUAGAACUUCAGAAUUUGGGAUUUUUUUUUGAGUGACAAAAUACCUCUCUGCUUCAAGAAUUACCUGGAUUCUGGACGAAAUAAAACCACAUGUCUGCUCAUGCGUAGAGCUGUAAAGGACUGCUUAAUUUUUGGAAGGUAACAGGUUUUCUAAAUCACAUCAUUUAAUCAGAUCAUAAACUAUAGGAACAAGAGUAGGCUGUCCAGCCCCUCCAGCCUGCACCACCGUUCAACAGGAUCAUGGCUGAUUCGACAUUCCUCACGUCCACUUUCCAGCACCUUUUCCCCAUAUCCUUCAUCCUUAACUGAUCAAGAAUCAGCCUUAAAUAUCCCAAAGUGUAUUGCUUUUACCUUUGAUGUGGCACCUUGCCAAAUACUUUCUGAGUAGUAAAUCCACAGAUUCCUCUUAUCCACAGCACGUUUAUUCAUCAAAGAACUCCAAACAAAUUGGUAAAACAUUAUUUGUUUUACAAAACUAUGUUAGCUCUGAGUUUGAAUUUGAAUUGAAUUUAUUGUCAUGUGUACCAAGGCACUGCGAAAAGCUUUGUCUUGUGAGCAACACAGGCAGGUCAGAGUUAACUAGCAUCGAUAAGUAAAUAAUAGGUAAACAGCAGCAAAAACGAAAACACAGGUACAGGCGACUGUUAAGGGUUUGUGUGUCCAUUCUGUAUUCUAACAACAGUAGGGUGAAACUGUUUCGAAACCAGUUAGUGCAUGUGUUCAGACUUCUCCCUGAUGAUAGAGGUUGUAGAAAAACAUUGCCAGGGUGGGAUGGAUCUUUGAGAAUGCUGGCGGCCUUUCCUUGACAGCGGGACUGGUAGAUGGACUCUAUAGGUGGGAGGUUGGCCUCUGUUGACAGAAAAUGAAAGCUCAUGAUGUAGAGGAUAACAUAGUGACGUGGACGGAAGAAUAUCUGGUUAAUGGAAAAUAGAGAUUCGACGUAAAUGAGUAAUUUUUUAGUCGGCAAGAUGUAAUGAAUGGUUUACCACAGGGAUCAGUGCUGGAAUCUCAAGUUUUCACAAUUAAUAUCAAUAACUUAGAUGACGGAACUGAAGGUUUUGUUGCUAAAUUUGUUGAUGAGAUAAUAUUAAGUAAAUAAAACUGAGUUGUGAGGAGGACAUAAGACUACAAUGGAAUAUAAUUAGGUAAGGUGAGUGGGCAAAAUCCAGAAAAUUGAGUGAACUGUGGGAUAUGUGAAAAUUGUCCAAUUGGAAGGAAAUAUGAAAAUGAACCAUAUUGUAUAAACAAUGAGGAACUGCAGAACUCUGGGAUGAAGAAGGAUCUGGAUGGCCUAAUACAAGAAUUGCAAAAGGUUAGAAUGCAGGUACAGCAAGUAAUUAGCAAGGCUAUUAAAAUGUUAUUUUUAAUUACAAGGGGAGGGAAUGCAACAGUAGGGAGGUUUUGCUUCAGUUGCAAAGGGCAUUAGUGAGACUGCAUUAGGAAUACUGGUCUCUUUUUAUUUAAGGACGGAUGUAAAUGCAUUUAUUUAAUGAGGUUAAUUCAGGACAGUUCUGAAGAAGAAUCAAAAAGAGUGGUGCUGGAAAAGGAGAACAGGUUAGACAGCAUCCGAGGAGUAGGAGAAUCAGU